AUGUUUAAGAGGGAAGAAAAAAUCACGUCCGACUACGACUGCGAGAGCGAGCGAAUUUUGAGAUCCAUGAGAUCUCUUGACAUGGAAAUUGAAGUUCGCUCUAGACUUCAGUGUGACGCGAGCUGGCGGUGUCGCCUACCUCCGUGCGACACCGAAGUUUUCGGAGGCGAUUAUACUCGCUGGCCCACCUUCCGAGACUUAUUCACGGCUAUCUACAUCCGAAAUCCUAGACUGUCGGAAGUUGAGAAACUUUUCCAUCUCAACUCCAAGACCAGCGGUGAAGCCCAUGCCAUUGUGUCAAAGUCUCCUUUGACCAAUGAGGGGUUUCAGUCGGCAUGGUCCAGCUUGACUGAGCGUUUUGAGAACAAACGGUUGCUCGUGAACAGUCAGCUGCGUAUCCUUUUUAAUUUGCCCGCCAUCGGGCAAGAGUCGGGUGCAGCCAUUCAAGAGUUGCAAAGCACUAUCCAAGGGUGCUUGACGGCUUUGGAGCACUCCAAGAUCAAUACGGAGAAUUGGGAUUGCAUCCUGGUUUUCCUGUGUUCUUCGAGGCUCCCCAAAUUGACCCUUUCUCUUUGGGAACAGUCCAUCCAGAAUAAGAGCGACGUUCCAACGUGGGCUGACAUGAACGCUUUCCUUCUAGAGCGGUAUCGCACCCUAGAAGCGAUAGCGGAAGUGUCAGCCAGCACGAGCGCUCCGACGGUUCCGCGUGCCUCACGCAAGGAGGCCCCGUCGCCAAGCAGAUCGAGGCGUCGGCGUACGUCCUCCCCAGUUAGCGGGAAUCUGCCCUCAUGUUCCGUCCCACAAACACUCCUCGAAAAUCUGCCCAGCAUCCAGCUGGCAGACCCCAAAUUCCAUGAGAGUUCGCAGAUUGAUGUGCUACUAGGCGCUGACAUCCUCCCGUCCAUUCUGCUCGGCGGCUCUCACCCUAACAUUUGUGGGACCCUCCUCGGUCAAGAGACCAUUUUCGGUUGGAUCCUGACUGGCCCUGUGUCGGGAUCCAUUUCAAAAUCUAUUUCGUCCUUUUCGGCUCGACUGUCCGUCGAGCGAACUCCGCCAUUGGAGGAACUCCUCUCCAAAUUUUGGGAGGCUAACUUCAACGCCACGACCGUGCGAACCUCAACGGGUCGCUACAUGGUCACGCUCCCAUUCCGCGAUCCUGGUCACGUUGACCUGGGUCACUCGAGGGCUACCGCUCUCGCUCAGUUCCUGAGAAACGAGAGCCGUUUAAAGAGGAACGACUCUCUGAAGGAACAAUAUGACUCCGUUAUUCGAGAGUAUCUGGAUUUGGGUCACAUGACUCAAGUCCCCAUCCAGUUCCGGCAACUAUUAUUUGCCACAUCACGCUGUUCUCAAGCCCGACAGCACCACCACAAAGCUCCGCGUUGUAUUCAACGCCUCCAGCCCGACUUCAAACGGGAAGAGUCUGAACGACAUCCUCCACACUGGGCCAAUCCUUCAAUCCGACCUGACCAUUCAAAUCCUGAAAUGGAGGUUUUCAAGUUCGUCUUCAACGCUGACAUCACCAAGAUGUAUCGGCAAAUCCUUGUGGAUCCCAACCACACCCGGUUUCAAAGGUUGCUCUUCCGUACUCCAGACGAGAAGUUAUGCGACUUUGAACUCAACACAGUCACCUUUGGAGUGAACUGUGCUCCGUACCUGGCUAUCCGCGUUCUGCAUCAGCUUGCGAGUGAUGUUCGCGACCGGUACCCCUUGCUAGUGACAUCAUCGCCAAUUAUAUCGCUCGAGAGUGCUGGGUUCCCUUUGCGUAAGUGGACCUCGAACUCGAAAGAUGUGCUGAGAAGAAUCCCUAAGGAUCACUUGCUCUGUGCAGACUUCCUCGAGAUCGACGAAGCUAGUGUCGCAAAGACGCUAGGCAUUCGUUGGCGGGCCACGUCCGACGAGUUCUUUUCGUCACCGCCGAGAUGGUUGGCUUGCUCCUGUGGUCAUUUGGGCCAAGAUUUUAUGCAAGAAAUCUGGAAGCAAGAAAUCGGCUGGGACGACUCCUUACCGGCGGAUCUCACAGAGCAGUGGAUCAGUUUUCUGCGGAACUAUUCGUCCUUGCAGGACAUCCGCAUUCCUAGAUGGACCAACUACGCUCCCGGCGCAAAAUCCAAUUCCACGGGUUUUGCGACGCCUCUCAAAGCGCGUAUGGAGCCGCUCUUUACGCACGUGUGGAAACAGCUGUGCGGAGCUCUCCUGUUGGCAGAAUUAUCCGCCGCCCUCCUACCACAUUUUCCCACCCCCGACGCUGAGACGUACCUGUGGACAGAUUCCACUAUCGUUCUGGCAUGGUUGGACAAGCAGCCAUGCAAGUGGACCACUUUCGUGGCGAACCGAGUGGCCAAGAUUCACUCGGUGAAUGGCACUUGGCAGCAUGUUCGUUCCGAACACAAUCCAGCCGACCUGGCAAGCCGCGGUGUCUCGCCGCAAGAGCUACUGGGCAGUCGCCUUUGGUGGCAGGGGCCCGAAUGGCUGACGCACUCACCAGCGCAGUGGCCUUCACCGGUCAUUGGGCUCGAUACUGAAUUGGAGUGUCGAGCGGUGAAGGUCCAUGCAGCGCAAGUCCUAUGUGAGGACUUCCUCGACCGUUUCUCCAGGUUCGAUCGAGCGCUCCGAGUGUUUGCGUAUGUGCGAAGGUUUGCCCAGCGUUGCCACCAACCCAAGGUCUCGUUUCCAGAGACGCUCAGCUCUCAAGAGCUUGCAGAAGCUCAAGAGAGGCUGAUUGUACAGGCUCAGAAUCGGGUAUACGCGAAAGAGUGUGCUUCCCUCCGGUCCCAUAAUCGUCUAAUCGGGUCAAGCGAUAUCCUAAGCUUGAAUCCGUUCCUUGACAAGCAAGGUGUCCUGCGUUCGUGUGGACGCGUAAGAGCGUCCACCUCCUUAUCCUACGACGAACGGCAUCCAAUAAUUCUCCCGUUCGGCUGCGUGUUCUCACGCCUCCUGGUUUCCUUCACGCAUCAAGUCUCCCUCCAUGGAGGCAACCAAUUGGUGAUGCGGCUGGUCCGAACCAAGUUCUGGAUUCCCAAGCUAAGGAACUUGGUGAAGACAGUGAUUAGUGCAUGCAAGACCUGUGUGAUUCAUCGCCGCAAGCUCCAGUCGCAGUUGAUGGGUGAUCUCCCAAGCGCCCGGUCGACUUUUCGCGACCUUUCACUAACUCCGGACACGAAGGCAAUCCAUCUUGAGGCGACCACGGAUCUGACAGCGGAAAAGUUCUUGGAAGCUUUCUCCCGAUUCGUGGCACGGCGCGGGUGCCCUCUCCACAUGUACUCUGACAACGGGAAAACGUUCGUCGGAGCCUCCUCCAUUCUCUCCAAAGAAUUUGUGGAGAGCACCCGCAACCUGAUUGUCACCACUCACAGCCAUCAAGGUCUUGCAUGGCAUUUCAACCCACCUGGUGCCCCUCACAUGGGGGGUCUCUGGGAAGCGGGCGUCAAGAGCUUCAAGACGCAUUUCUACAAGACGGUUUCCUCCGUAAAACAUACGUUCGAAGAGCUUUCCACCCUCCUGUCAAAAUUGAAGCGUGCCUCAAUUCGCGGCCUUUGA